AGCCACAGUCCUCUUUUUUUUUUUGACCAUCUCACUCACAGCUCAGCAGGCUGAGACCUUGCUGCUUCCCGCAGACUAAGAUGCUCACAGAUAUCAUGGAUGCCAUGCAGGGUUUUGGGGUGAGCAGCACCCGGUACCUGCAGACCAACUAUAAGGAUGCACAGGGCCUGUUUCUCUGGGUCUCCUGGGCGGCGGACCUCAGGAACACCUUCUUCAUCUUCUUCCCACUCUGGUUCCACCUGCGGCCCUCGGUGGGAAUCAAGCUCAUCUGGGUGGCUGUAAUUGGAGACUGGCUGAACUUGGUGUUUAAAUGGAUUCUGUUUGGAGAGAGGCCGUACUGGUGGGUCCAUGAGACGGCUCAUUACACGGACGCUGCUCGCCCGCACAUUGAGCAGUAUCCAAUGACCUGUGAGACUGGACCAGGCAGCCCCUCCGGCCACGCUAUGGGAGCUGCAGGAGUCUACUACACCCUCGUGACUUCCAUCCUCACUAUCCUGACCAGCAAGAAAUCAUCAAACACAAACUGGUAUUUCAAGGCUCUUCUGUGGGCGGUGUUUUGGGGAGUCCAGGUGUGUGUAUGUCUAUCCAGGGUGUUCAUUGCUGCCCACUUCCCCCAUCAGGUCGUUGCUGGAGUCAUCACAGGUAUGAUUGUGGCCGAGGCCUUCAACAGAACUCGGUGGAUCUACAACGCUAGCAUGAAGAAGUACUUCUACACAACGCUCUUCCUGACAACCUUUGCCGUCGGCUUCUACGUGCUACUCAAAGCUGUGGGCGUGGACCUUCUGUGGACCCUGGAGAAAGCCCAGAAGUGGUGCAUCAGACCUGAGUGGGUCCACCUGGACUCCACGCCGUUCGCCAGCCUCCUGCGCAACAUGGGUACCCUGUUUGGCCUGGGCCUAGGCCUGCACUCUCCCCUGUACACCGAGACCAAAAAGAGCAGCAGCGCUUCGGCCAGAGCAGGGUGCAUCGUCAGCUCUCUGUUCCUGCUGCACCUGUUUGACUCCUUCAAGCCUCCCACGCACAUCGCGGCCCUCUAUUACCUGCUCUCCUUCUGCAAGAGUGCGACCGUACCCCUGGUCACCAUCAGCAUCAUCCCGUACUGCGUAAACAGAGCUCUGAGCCAGCAGUGGAAAAAGGGAGUGUGAGCGGCAACCUCAGGACUCGAAGACUAAAGCGAUGCAAGUGCAGGGAGACACUGAACAUUAAUCAUCACAAUAAAAAGCCUCUCUUUUGGUGCUUUUUGAAUUUAUAGGACUGUUUGACUCAGGAAAAAGCUCGAGAUGAACGAUGAGAAACUGCAUUUUGUGUCAUUCAGACACUGAACUCUGAACACUGUAACAAUAGGAGAAAACACCGUCCAGGAUGCUCAGCGGCACUUACUAAGAACUGUUGUAAAGAUAACAAAACAUUAUCGUUGCAGUUAUGUCAGGGUUCUGGAGAGAGAUGAAUGAGUCUAGUUUUGAGUGUUUGCUCUUCAGCUUUGAUAUGCUAUUUCAGUUAUGAAACUAUUUGUAUUUUUCAAUGUGUUUUUUUGAAAUGUUAAGAAUAUUUUUUAAAUAAAAUCUGG